UGCUAAUCGUCUUGUCGUUGGGAAAUGCAAGUGAAUGCAACAAAACCAUGAUUUUCAAAGUAAACUUCAAAGACAAAGCUUUUAUCAACCACACAAUAAUGUCUAAGAAAGCACGUGAUCACAGUUUCUGCAAAGCUCUUUGUUUCAUGAAUGAUCGAUGCAUUUCRUGCACGUUUGACACAAGAAAGUCGCUUUGCCAUCUCAGCGACUCGGACCACAUUAUGCAUCCAGAACAUCUCAUGGAAACGCCGGACUCAGUCUUUUGGAGUGCAGAUAAUACUUGUAAAUGCAGGCAGAAAAAUAUGACGUGUAGAUACAACUUYGCUCAAAAUGCACAUCGCUGUGAAUGCCCGCCAAAAUCUACUGGAGAAAACUGCGAAAUGCCUUACAUACUUGGUGCAAGGAAUUCGACACCAGGCUCUUCGUGUCGAGCUAUACGAGAUGCUGGCGAUUCUAGAGGGGACGUCGAGUACUGGGUUAAACCAGUUGGAGUGAAGGAAGCUUUCUUGGUGACAUGUCAUAUGUCAUUGCUCGGAGGUAGUUUCAAAAGAAACCACGAUGAGAUCUCUUAAUGUAAAUUGGCAGCCUUGCUCUGAUUUUUUUCCAAAUUAAAAAAAGCAAU